UUUGACGUGCUCUUUGACCAUUUCUUCCGGCUUUUCCGGGCUCCGACUAUUCAAUUCAAAUAAAUAUCCAGUGAUUCAACUCUUAAUAAUGGUUCUGGCUCACGAUUUACAGGAAAGCAAGAAGACAAAUGACAUUGAGAUAUCACAAGAUGUAACAUUUGAUACAAUGCUUCUCUCUUCGAAUACUUUAGAAGGAUUAAAAAAAUCCGGCUUCAUCAGGCCUUCACCAAUUCAAUUACAUGGUGUUCCCCUAGGAAAGUGUGGAUUCGAUUUACUAUUGGAGGCCAAAUCGGGAACUGGAAAAACUGCUGUUUUCACUAUUAUAAUACUGGAAAAACUAGACCUAGAUAAAGGUUUACAGGCAGUUAUUUUAGCACCUACUCGAGAGAUAGCAGCUCAAGUUUGUGAUGUAUUGAGACAGAUUGGUAAUCAAUAUACUGGCUUACGAGUUGAAGUGGUUAUGGGAGGUUUACCUGUUCAAGAAGAUAUUGAAAAAUUUAAAGAAAAUAAUGUGCACAUUGUAGUCGCUAGUCCAGGCAGACUGAAACAUCUGAUAAAAGGCCAGCAUAUAGAUAUUGGCGCUGUAAGACUACUGGUCCUUGAUGAAGCUGAUAAAUUAAUGGAAAAAAGUUUUCUGCCAGACAUUAAGUACAUACAUAAAGCUCUUCCCCUGGAAAAACAAGUGAUUAUGAGUAGUGCAACAUUUCCAGAGAGUUGUAAAGAAUUCAUCAAUGAAUUUGUCCAUGAUGCACAGCACAUCUGUCCUAAUAGUGACUGUGUUCUUCUGGGAGUUGUCCAAAAAGUAACUUAUGUCAAAUACAACAGCAACUCUGUUAUACAAACAAAUAAUAGGUUUAAAGAACUACUAAAAAUUAUAAGGACAAAGCAAUUUAAGCAAUGUCUGAUUUUCUGUAACUAUCAGACGAGGGUAGGAGAAUUAUAUAAAAUGCUAACUAGAGAAAAAUGGCCCGCUGAGCAGUUAUAUGGUGCUCAAGAUCAACUGGAUCGUUUAGAUGCCCUUAAAACAUUACAAGAUUAUAAGUGCAGGAUAUUGAUAUCAACAGAUUUGGCAGCGCGUGGGAUUGAUGCAUUAAAUGUAGAUCUUGUUAUAAAUUUUGAGCCUCCAUUUGAAUGGCAAACAUAUUUACAUAGAAUAGGAAGAGCUGGCAGGUUUGGAUCUUAUGGCAUGGCUAUUACUAUACUUAGUGAGGGAAGUGAUCAGAAAAAGUUUAUGGAUUUGCUUUCUGCAGUAAACUUGUCAGUUAAAUUAACUCCACUUUGGCCUGAAGUUAAAAGUAAUGGGGAACAUGCACAAGUAUCAGAAGCUGAAAAUUAUUUAGCAUUGAAAGACACUGAUGAACAAGGCUCCACAGAACUUUGGAAAAUCAUUUGUGGUGCAGAAAACUCUCCUAAUAAGGAAAAUAUUGAAAAUUUUUAUGAACUUUUUAAUUCAUUUCAAAACACUGCAAAUGAAACCUGUGAUAUUGAAUCAUUUUCUGAUUUAUUUAAUUCAUUUCAAAAUAACAAUUUGCCAGACACUAAUGGGUUUCAGUAUAAAUGUAUGAAAUGGCCUAACUUAUCAACAAAGCAAUAUCUUAUUGGUGUAAAAAAUAAAUUAAAGGACUUGGCGCAUGAAACAAAUGACUCCCUUACUGAAUUUGCUAAUAAUCUUAAUGGAAGUCGGGAAACAAUAUGUGGUAAAUACAAAAAACAAACUGAGCAGAGAGUAGAAAAUUAUUCUAAAAUAAAUAUCCAAGAUUCAAUAAGUGAAGAAAAUAAUUCAAAAAGUGUAGAAAACAAUUUUGAGACCAUGAAAUCAGUUAAGACGAAUGCCAAUAGAUUACUUCCGAUCAGCAGUUUGAAUAAAAAACAUGAAUUCAGCCACAAUAGAAAACAAAUUCCAUCUAGUAGUUCUAAUGAAGAUUGCAAGAAUGGAAGGGAAAAAACCAGUUACAAAUGUAGAACUAAAUCAAAAGUAAGAAAUACACAAUUAAAUAAAUCAUCUGCUCCACACAGUUCAAUUUCAUGUAGUUCUGAUACAAGUAGUGACUUCUACCCUACAGAAGAAAAUCUAUUUAUGAGCUGUUACAGUGAUUGGUACAAAAAACUAAAAAUAAGAGUUAGACAGAUAGAAUUAGCAGUUUAUAUCGAUGAACUCAGUAAAUUAUAAUGAUUGUUUCUGUGAUAAAUACGAUUUUAUAAACAUGUUGAUUUAGUUAUUUUAUAAUUUUUAUUAGUGUUUACCUACACUUGAAGAAAAUGCUGAAAUAUUUUUUUUAAUUUGUUGAUUUAGCUUUGAAAGUACUAAAGAAUAAAACAUUAAAGUAUU